CCCUACAUAGGCGUCAUGGCCAAGAACGGCUUUGCCUUUUUCGGGGCCGUUUUCAUCCCAUAGCUAGGUUCACUCAUCUAAUUGCCCUUGGAGAUUUCCUUGAGAUUCAGAUUCGAUUACAGCGUUGGCAGGUCCUUCGAGCCCGUACCAGGAGGGGAGCUAUAGCGCACACGCAAUCGACAUGAACAAAACAGCCGGGGUGUUCUGCUUAUCGCGUUCUCCGGAGUUUCAGUAGGCGUCAUGGGAGAGGAGAAUGCUGCAUCCGCGAAUAGCGUCACGGUGAACGUGAGGGUAUACAUGCACUGCGACGCCUGCGAAAGAUCGGUGCGCCGCACCAUCAAGAAAAUCGAUGGCGUGGAGACGGUGGAGGUGGACAGGGAGGAGAACAAGGUGAUGGUGACGGGGGAUUUCAAGGCCGAGAAGGUGCUGAGGAAGCUCAAGAAGAAGACCGGGAAGAAGGCGGAGAUUCUGCCUCCGGACCCAGAAGAAGAAAACCAGGAGGAAGAGAAGCAGGAGCCCGACGACGAUGCUUACGCUCCUUACGGUUACGGCCGUCCGGCGCCGGACAUGGACGCCGUUCUAGGCAACGAGUUCCAGAGGCCGCCGCGAUGGGACCUCCAUUAUUUCGACGACGAGAACACGGAAGCGUCUAGGAUCAUGUAGGGAGUAAUGCUAGAGCAGCAUCUGAUUUCGGGGCGGUAGUAUAUAUCUUCCUUGGUUCUCCUAACUUACAGGUAGUGAGGUACUAUAACCAUUUC